UGUAACGAUGUGAUGGAUCAAUUAUUAUGAUCUCAAACUUGCAUCCAACCAUGAUGCACGACCCAACUACAGGUUAUUCCAGACAGUAUGCGACGCGAGGACAUGGCCGGGUUGAUAUAUCAGCAGUUGUGUGAAGAAGAGGAGAGUAGCCAAAGCCGAGACACUGCCCGGCUUAAGGAGGAAAUGAAGGUCCAUUUCUCGGCGAAGCUGCUCUCCGGCCCGGUGCCGGUCUACUUGCUGGCCCUAGCCGUCCUCAUCCUCCUCACCCACGUGCACUACAUGGGGCACGUCGGCGUCGGCGUCGGCGUGCCGCCCGCCGCCAAGCUGGAGGAGCCGGUGGUGAGCGUGAUGAAGCAGUGCGACAUCUUCCGCGGCGAGUGGGUGCCGGACACGGCGGCGCCCGCCUACAGCCACAAGACGUGCGGCCUGAUCCAGGAGCACCAGAACUGCCUCAAGUACGGCCGCCCCGACCUCGGCUUCCUCAAAUGGCGGUGGAGGCCGUCGGGGUGCGAGCUGCCGCGCUUCGACCCGGCGCAGUUCCUGCGAUUCGCCCGCCACAGGUCCCUCGCCUUCGUGGGCGACUCCCUGGCUCGCAACCACAUGCAGUCUCUGCUCUGCCUCCUCGCGCAGGUCGCGUCUCCCAAGGACGUGUCGCCGGAUCCAUCGGACCAGCAGAACAAGGUGUACCACUACAGGGCGUACAACUUCACCGUCGCCAUGUUCUGGUCGCCGUUCCUGGUGCGGGCGCGGGAGCCCGCCCACGACGACCCCGCGCACACCGCCCACUACAGCCUCUACCUGGACGAGCCGGACGACAGGUGGGUGUCCCAGGUGCCCCGGUUCGACUACGUGCUCGUCUCCGCCGCCAACUGGUUCUCCCGCCCCUCGCUCUUCUACGAGAAGCGCCGCCUCGUCGGCUGCAGCUUCUGCAGCCGCCAGUACGGCGUGCCGGACCUCACCCUGCACUACUCGCACCGCAAGGCCUGGCGCGUGGCGCUGCAGGCGAUCAACGCGCUGGACAACGUCACGGGGCGGGUGAUCGUGCGGACGCUGUCGCCCAUGUCGCACUUCGACAACGGGACCUGGGACCAGGGCGGCGACUGCAGACGGACGGAGCCGCUCCUGAGCAACCAGACCUCCAUGAUGGACGGCCGGGGCCCGGACCUCCGGUUCUACGCGGCGCAGAUGGAGGAGUACCGAGCGGCGGAGAAGGCCGCGCGGGCCAAGGGGACGAUGCGGCUCAUGCUCAUGGACGCCACCGCCGCGAUGCUCAUGCGGCCGGACGGCCACCCCAGCCGCUACGGCCACCGCCCCAACGACAAGGUGCAGCUCUACAACGACUGCGUGCACUGGUGCCUGCCAGGGCCCAUUGACAUCUGGAACGACAUGCUAUUCCAGAUGAUCCUCGUCUAGCUAGCUAGCGCAACUCUCAUCCCAGUUUUUCGUCGGUCAGCACGGAAGGAGUGAACAAAACAAGCUCCUUUUUUUUUUUUUGGAAAGAUGAACUGCCGCUUGCUGGCUACUAAUUCAAAGCCAUCUUCGGCGUGCCCACAAGAAAACAAGUUCUAAGUAGUUUCUCAAACGCCGCCACACAUCCCUCCACCAAACUAGUGUUUCCCUAGCGCCACCGUCUCGCUCCUGCCAAGCGAUCUCGCCGGUGAUGGAAGGGGUCUGAAAGGGAAAAGUUGUGAGUGAGCAGGUUGCACACCCGUAUUUUUUGAGGUUGUCCUUUUUCGUAUAUAUCUCACACACUAUCA